GAGUGAAUGAAAAACGAUGUGAUAUCGAUUACCUGUUUACAGGUAUCUGUGGUUGUGGUAAUUGGUAAAUAAUUAGUUCACUCGAUCCAAUUUGUUGUGAAGUGAUGAUUGGUGUUUGGUUGAGUAUUAUUUUUGCAAUGAUUUAGUCCUCAAUGAUUACGUAUUAUAAAAUAUUUAUUAACUUUUUUCUAAAACAAUAAAUAUAUAAUAGUCAAAUAUAUAUUAUCUACCAAACGGUGACAUAUUCCAAAAUGAUAAGGAGACUUGUAAUACUACAUUUUCUAUUUUUACCUUAUUUUGUUGCACUUGAAGAAAGUUCAGUGUAUGAAUACAAUGCAAACAAUUUUAAAAUUCAAAUAGAAGAAAUGGAUGGCAAUUUUAUAAUGUUUUAUGCACCUUGGUGCCGGCACUGCACUGAGUUUCAUCCAAUCUGGUCAGAGCUAGCAGAACUUGUCAAUACUAAAGAUUCCAAAUUUGCUAUUGCCCAGGUGGAUUGUACAAUACACUUUAAAUUAUGCAACGAAAACGACAUAACAGGAUAUCCAACAUUACUUUACUUCCAUAAGAACACAUUCUCGCCAGUUGAAUAUAAGGGUACCAGGGACUUGCCUUCCCUAACAUUAUUUUUAAGUGAAGUAUUUACUAUGAAAUCAGAGGGUUUGGACCAAGAAAAAGAAUCCAGAGAGGUAAAAAAAUACAGUGGUAUGGCCUACUUAAAUGAUCAAAAUAUUGAGAAGUUUGUGUCCCGGGGACAGCAUUUUAUUAUGUUUUAUGCACCAUGGUGUAAAGCAUCUCAGAAAUUAGCACCAAUUUGGGCUGACCUAGCAGUGCAAUAUGCACAUAAUGAGUACAUCCAGAUAGGAAAAGUUAACUGUAUGGACAAUGAAAUGACUUGCAAGACUUUUGACAUCAAACAGUAUCCUUAUCUAAUGUGGAUUGUCAAUGGUAGAAUAAUGGGAGUAGCUGAAGCAGAAACAAUAGAUGAUCUUAAAGGCUAUGUAGAAAAAAUGUUGCUCACAGAAAAUCAUGACCCUGAAAAGUUUUUAAAGAAAAAGAAAGCCCUGCCAGUUGCUAGGAUAUCAGAAGAAACAUUUGAGACAUUUUUAGAAAAGGAACUCGUAUUUAUAAACUAUUUUGCUCCCUGGUGUGCACACUGUAUGCAGUUAAGCCCGCUGUGGCUGAAGUUGGGUGAAAGGUUUCAAAACGAAACUCGCGUUAUAAUAGCAGAUGUUGAUUGUGUGCAAUCUAAACCCAUUUGUGAAACAGAAAAGAUCAGUGGCCUCCCCACCCUAAUCCUAUACAAGGAAAAGAAGAUUGUGAAUGUAGAACAUGGAGGACGUUCUCUUGAAAGCCUAAUAACUCUAGUCACUGAACACCUUCAAGGUACAAACACAAGCUCUGAACAAGGAACAACCAACAAUGAGGACAUCACGAAGACCAAAGAUGAACUAUAAAUUAUUUUAUUAGGUAGAUCAAUAAACAAAUUUUAUUACAACUUGGAUUAUUUUACUGUGCUUUUCAUUAACCUGUAGUACGUAGAAGUGAGAUCCGAGCAAGAUACAAUAUUUUUUUCUAUUGACUCAUGCUACCACACUUGAGGCUAAACAUCCUGCCACUAGACCCUGAAAAUCCUGCAUUGUUGGUGCAUUGACACCUAUAACAACAAUAUCAACACAAAUUGUAAAAUAUAAAAUAAGUAUCUAUAGGUGUAGCAGCAGCACAUCAAUUAUUUCUUAAUUAUCUAUGUGUCAUUCAGCUCACAUGUCCAUGUCAGGAAUAACAUGAACCACAGAACCAGGAAUCACAAACUGAAAGACUAAAUUCAAAAUAUUAUCUAAUAAAACAAGAUGUGUUUUGUCCAAGGUAGUUUCUUCUCCACUUAUCCAUUAAUUUCAGAACCCCUUAGAAGUAGAUACAGGUUGGUAAUAACAUUUCAAAGCAAGAGGUUCAAUUCAAUGUUUAAUCAAAUGUAAAGGAACAAAUACAUGUCAUAUGAAGCUCAUAUCUUAAAGACAUCCUGGUGCAUAUAUCUACUAAUGGUGGGUUGUGAACAAUCUAUAAAUUAAGAGUCCUAGAUGUGUCAGUAACUCCCAAGCUGCAUCAUCUCUAUAACAUUUUUUUGUCAACAGUUUGUAACUGAAAGAAUGCUCCGUCAGCCUGUGUUGCCUGCCUGUUAAUCUGCUUAUGUCUGUCUCGGGACACAAUUUCUUCUAACACCUCUCCGUCACCUUUUAUUAACCUGAAAAUAGGACUCAACUGAGGGAAUAUUCAUUAUGAAAUUAAAAAGUAGAUUAGUAUAUACUAUAUGACACUGAAAUAUCACUGAAGAGUAGUAAAAGUUAUUGUGGGUAAAAGUAUAAGAUUGAUAGGAUAACCUGUAUCUUCCUGUCUCCUCAUCUAGAACUUUUCUUACUACACUUUGUCUUUUCUCCCAUUCUUCUUUAGUCAUAGGGGCCAUGGCUUUGGAUUUUUCCAUUAAUUCUGUAACAAAAAUCUUGUUAUGCACAGAUCUUGUUGAACACAACCAGCUCAAUAAGAUUUCAAGUUUUGCUGUAAGUAGUUCUUUUGUUUAAGUAAUCACUGAUACUAUAAUAAAUAUAACAGUCUGGCUUAAAGUCUCGCUGGCAGUUUCCUUUCGUUAUACACAUACCAAGAGGAAUGUCUGUGGAGACGGCCCCAUCCUUCGCAUUACUAUCAUCACGACUGAGACUUGUACUCUUACUCCUCUGCUUCUUUUUAAGCCUUUUCUUUUCUUCCUUUAAUUUCUUUUUCAAUGCUCUUUCAGUCUUCUUUUUUUCUUUUUUUAAUUUCUUUUUCAAUUUUCGCAGUUUCUUUUUUUCUCUGGAUGCAUCAGAAUCUGAACUACUAGAACUUGAGCAACUUGAUCUCCUUCGUUUCUUAGAUUUUUCUUUUCCCAUAGUAAGGUUUUCCUUAAGAGCAGGUACCUAGAACAAAUCUAUAGUUAUUUUAUUAGCAUUUUACGCUCUGCUAAGCAAUUAAAUCUCGCCGGGUCGCACUGAAUUACGCUAACAAAAUGAAAAUUGAGAGUAUUGAGACUAAUAUUUCUAACGAAUGACACAUGUGACAGUGACAACUGAC